CGUGCCCGAGCCGCCCCCGCGCCAUGGCCGGCAGGGCCCCGGGGUCUCCCGCCGCCCCUUAGCGCCCCGCGCCGGCCGCCGCGCCCGACCCCGACCCGGACCCCGGCCCGGCAUGGAGCCGCACGUGCUCGGCGCCGGCCUCUACUGGCUGCUGCUGCCCCUCGCGCUGCUGGCGGCCUGCCUGUCACGUGCCAACCUCCUGUCACUCGUCUACCUGCUGUUCCUGCUGCUGCUCCCCUGGCUUCCGGGCCCCACGCGGCACAGCCUUCCAGGUCCCACUGGCCGCCUGCUCCGGGCCCUGCUGGGCCUCAGCCUCAUCUUCCUGCUGGCCCACCUGGCCUUCCAGAUCUGCCUGCACACUGUGCCUGGCCUGGACCAGCGCCUGGGGCCUGGCUGCAGCCGCUGGGAGACCCUCUCCCGACACAUAGGGGUCACCAGGCUGGACCUGGAGGACAUCCCCAGCACCACCCGGCUCGUGGCCCCGGACCUGGGUGUCCUGCUGGUCGCGUCCGUCUGCCUCGGCCUCUGCAGCCGCCUUCCCCGGCGGGCCCGGCGCCCCCAGGAGCCGGAUGACGAGAGGGGCACAGACGCCGACCGCCAAGCAGGGCUGCAGGGUAUCUCUGAGCCGGCCCCCACGCGGAGGUCACAGCUGGCUGCCCGGUUCCGGGUCAAAGCCCACUGGCUGCUGGUGGCCGCUGGCCGCACGCUGGCCGUGGUGCUGCUUGCGCUGGCAGGCAUCGCGCACCCGUCCGCCGUCUCCGGCGUCUACCUGCUGGGCUUCCUGGGUGUCUGCACCUGGUGGGCCUGCCACCUCCCCGGCGGCCCCGUGGGCUUCGGCGCGCUCUGCGUCGCGGUGGGCUGCUUUGGCGCCGGGCACCUCGUCUGCCUCUACUGCUACCAGGCACCCUUCGUGCAGGACUUGUUCCCGCCCUCCAGCAUCUGGGCCCGGGUCUUUGGCCUCAAGGACUUUGUGGGCCCCACCAACUGCUCCCGCCCCCACGCACUGGCCCUCAACGCUGGGCACGACUGGCCGGUCUACGUGAGUCCUGGCGUCAUCCUGCUCCUGUACUACACGGUCACCUCCCUGCUCAAGGUGCACAGGCACUGCCUCCCGGGCCAGGGGAAGGGGCCGGCCGGUGAGGACGAGGAGCAGGCCGUGGAGCUGACCGAGCUGGACCAGCAGCCCCAGAGCUGGGCCAGAGUUGCCGUGAACGGGGAGGAGGCCCAGCACAGGGUGUCCGUGCCCACGGGGCCCGGAACAGAGGCAGAAAACUGCAUCGUGCACGACCUGACCAGCCAAAGCCCCAACCAGCAGCGCCCCCGGCAGCACCGGCCGGCUGAGCCUAGGGCAGCGUCUCCCCUGCACGGCCUUGGCCGCUACGUCAUGGACCAGAGCUACGUGUGCGCCCUCACCGCCAUGAUGGUCUGGAGCAUCACCUACCACAGCUGGCUGACGUUCGUGCUGCUGCUCUGGGCCUGCGUCAUCUGGGCCGCGCGCAGCCGCCGCCAGCUCGCCAUGCUCUGCUCGCCCUUCAUCCUGCUCUACGGGCUGGUGCUGUGCAUCCUGCGCUACGUCUGGGCCAUGGAGCUGAGUCCCGAGCUGCCUGCCUCCCUGGGCCCCGUCAGCCUGCGCCAGCUGGGGCUGGAGCACACCCACUACCCCUGCCUGGACCUGGGUGCCAUGCUGCUGUACACCCUGACCUUCUGGCUCCUGCUGCGCCAGUUCGUGAAGGAGAAGCUGCUGAGGCGGGCGAGGCCCCCGGCUGCGCUGGAGCCCGCGCAGGCGCAGACGCAGGCGCAGGCCCUGUUCCGGAGCCUGGGGCAGCUGGUCACCGGCGUAUACCCCAAGUACUGGAUCUACGUGUGCGCCGGCAUGUUCAUCGUGGUCAGCUUUGCUGGCCGCCUCGUCGUCUACAAGAUCGUCUACAUGUUCCUCUUCCUGCUGUGCCUGACCCUCUUCCAGGUCUACUACAGCCUGUGGCGGAAGCUGCUCAAGGCCUUCUGGUGGCUGGUGGUGGGCUACACCAUGCUGGUGCUCGUGGCCGUCUACACCUUCCAGUUCCAGGACUUUCCCGCCUACUGGCGCAACCUGACAGGCCUCACCGACGAGCAGCUGGGCGACCUGGGCCUGGAGCAGUUCAGCGUGUCCGAGCUCUUCUCCAGCAUCCUGGUGCCCGGCUUCUUCCUGCUCGCCUGCAUCCUGCAGCUGCACUACUUCCACCGGCCCUUCAUGCGGCUCACCAACCCCGAGCUCACGCCCAUGCCCCGUGCCCGCCCCCCGGGCUGUGCCCACCGGCAGGACGCGGCGAGCGAGGCCUCCCUGCUGCUACAGCAGGAGCCGGAGCUGGAGCCAGAGGACGCCCCCGGGCCCUCGCAGCUGAGCGCCACAGCGGGCCCCCACCAGGCCGAGCAGGGCCCCGAAGCCUCGGCCAGCAAGUGGGGCCUGGUGGCCGAGCGGCUGCUGGACCUGGCGGCCAGCUUCUCGGACGUCCUCACGCGCGUGCAGGUCUUCGUGCGGCGCCUGCUGGAGCUGCACGUCCUCAAGCUGGUGGCUCUCUACACCGUCUGGGUGGCCCUGGAGGAGGUGUCGGCCAUGAACUUCCUGCUGGUGGCGCUGUGGGCCUUCGCGCUGCCCUACCCCCGCUUCCGGCCCAUGGCCUCGAGCCUCUGCACCGUCUGGACCUGUGUCAUCAUCGUGUGCAAGAUGCUGUACCAGCUCAAAGUCGUCAACCCCCAGGAGUACUCCAGCAACUGCACCAAGCCCUUCCCCAACAGCACCAACCUGCAGGGGACAGAGAUCAGCCAGUCCCUGCUCUACCAGGGGCCCGUGGACCCCGCCAACUGGUUUGGGGUGCGGAAGGGCUUCCCGAACCUGGGCUACAUCCGGAACCACCUGCAGGUCCUGCUGCUGCUGGUGUUCGAGGCCAUCGUGUACCGGCGCCAAGAGCACUACCGCCGCUGGAGCCAGCUGGCCCCACUGCCCGCCCAGGCCGUCUGCGCCACCGGCACCCGCCAGCUCCUUGACCGCAACCUGUUGAGCUGCCUCAAGUACUUCGUCAACUUCUUCUUCUACAAGUUUGGGCUGGAGGUCUGCUUCCUGCUGGCGGUGAACGUGAUCGGGCAGCGCAUGAACUUCAUGGUCAUCCUGCACGGCUGCUGGCUCGUGGCCAUCCUCACCCGGCGGCGCCGCACGGCCAUCGCCCGCCUCUGGCCCAACUACUGCCUCUUCCUGGUCCUCUUCCUGCUCUACCAGUACCUGCUGUGCCUGGGCAUCCCCCCUGCCCUGUGCAUCGACUACCCUUGGCGCUGGAGCCAGGCCGUCCCCAUGAACUCUGCGCUCAUCAAGUGGCUGUACCUGCCUGACUUCUUCAGGGCCCCCAACUCCACCAACCUCAUCAGUGACUUCCUUCUGCUGCUUGGAGCCUCCCAGCAGUGGCAGGUGUUCUCGGCCGAGCGCACCGAGGAGUGGCAGCGCGCAGCCGGCGCCAACACUGACCACCUGGAGCCGCUGCGCGGGGAGCCCAACCCCGUGCCCAACUUCAUCCACUGCAGGUCCUACCUCGACAUGCUCAAGGUGGCCGUCUUCCGCUACCUCUUCUGGCUGGUGCUGGUCGUGGUGUUCAUCACGGGCGCCACGCGCAUCAGCGUCUUCGGCCUGGGCUACCUGCUGGCCUGCUUCUACCUGCUGCUCUUCGGCACCAGCCUCCUGCGGAAGGACACGCACGCCCGCCUCCUGCUGUGGGACUGCCUCAUCCUCUACAAUGUCACCGUCAUCAUCUCCAAGAACAUGCUCUCGCUCCUGUCCUGCGUCUUCGUGGAGCAAAUGCAGAGCAGCUUCUGCUGGGUCAUCCAGCUCUUCAGCCUCGUGUGCACCGUCAAGGGCUACUACAACCCCCAGGAGAUGAGGACGAGGGACCAGGACUGCCUGCUGCCCGUGGAGGAGGCCGGCAUCAUCUGGGACAGCGUCUGCUUCUUCUUCCUGCUGCUGCAGCGCCGCGUCUUCCUCAGCUACUACUUCCUGCACGUCAGGGCUGACCUCCGGGCCACAGCCCUACAGGCCUCCAGGGGCUUUGCCCUCCACAACGCGGCCAUCCUCAAGAGCAUUGACUCCCACCGCCAGGCAGAGGAGAAGUCCCUGGCCCAGCUCAAGAGACAGAUGGAGCGCAUCCGAGCCAAGCAGGAGAAGCACCGGCAGGGCCGGGCAGGCCACAGCUGCCUGGAUGACCCCGGGAGCCCUGGCCAGGAGCCAGGACCCGGCAGCCCAGGGGACACCUCCCCGCCACGGAGGCAGUGGUGGCGGCCCUGGCUGGACCAUGCCACAGUGAUCCACUCAGGGGACUACUUCCUGUUCGACUCGGACAGCGAGGAGGAGGAGGAGGAGGAGGCACAGCCGGAGGACACCGAGGCUGCGGCACAGAGCGCUUUCCAGAUGGCGUACCAGGCGUGGGUCACCAACGCCCAGACUGUGCUGAGGCAGCGGCAGCGUGAACAGGUGCAGAGCCAGGAGCAGGCCGGGCUGCCGCCCGCAGGAGGUGGCCCAGGUCAGGAGGCGGAGCCAGAGGAGGACCCAGAGCACGAGGUGGCAGGCCGUGGCCACGUGAUGCAGCGGGUGCUGAGCUCACUGCGGUUCCUGGGGGUGCUGGGCCAGGCGCUGGUGGACGGACUGACGCGCUGGUUGUGCGCCUUCACGCGGCACCACAGAACCCUGAGCGACGUGCUGCGCGCCGAGCGCUACCUGCUCACCCAGGAGCUCCUCAGGUGUGGAGAGGUGAGCCGGGAUGUACUGGACCAGCUGUAUGUGGGUGACACAGAGGCCACCCUGCUGCCCGAGGGCCAGGACGUGCCGAGCACUGCGUCAAGUGGGCUCGGGGCUGAGGAGCCACCAAGCAGCACCACCAACGGCCCUGGUAGCCCCCUGACCACGGGCUACAGCACCCACAGCCACAGCACAGAGGCCCUCACCAAGACCAGCAGCCCCGAGGCAGGGGCCUCCCUGCACGGCUCCCAGGAGCUCCCGGCCAGCGCACGCACCCGGACGCGCACAGCCAGCGAGCUGCUGCUGGACAGGCGCCUGCGCAUCCCCGAGCUGGAGGAGGCCGAGCAGUUUGCGGCGGGGCAGGGCCGGGCCCUGCGGCUGCUGCGGGCCGUGUACCAGUGCGUGGCCGUGCACUCGGAGCUGCUCUGCUACUUCGUCAUCAUCCUCAACCACAUGGUGACUGCCUCGGCCGCCUCCCUCGUGCUGCCCGUGCUCGUCUUCCUGUGGGCCAUGCUGUCGACCCCACGGCCCAGCAAGCGCUUCUGGAUGACGGCCAUCGUCUUCACCGAGGUCAUGGUGGUCACCAAGUACCUCUUCCAGUUUGGCUUCUUCCCCUGGAACAGCUACACAGUGCUGCGGCGCUACGAGAACAAGCCCUACUUCCCGCCGCGCAUCCUGGGCCUGGAGAAGACUGACGGCUACGUCAAGUACGACCUGCUGCAGCUCAUGACCCUCUUCUUCCACCGCUCCCAGCUGCUGUGCUACGGCCUCUGGGACCACGACGAGGACCCACUCGACCCGGAGCUCGAGCGAGGCCAGGAGAAGGGGGCUGAGGACGCUGCGGAGGCCCUGCUGGGACCCCAGCCCGAGGCAGGCCAGGGCCCCCAGGAGGACCCAGGGCUGUUCGAGGCCCCCACUGAGGACAUCCAGGUCGAAGCUAGCGACGGGCCCAGGGACGAGCCCCCAGAGCCCCAUGUGGAGCGCGAGGCCCAUGGCAUAAGACGCCUCAGUCUCCACCUCAGGAGGAGGAGGAGAGCGAGCCCAGGGCCCAAAGGGCCAGCAGCCAUCGAAGCCGAGGAUGGGGAGGAGGAGACGGCAGCGGCUGCAGGGGUGGAGAAGAGGCCGAGCCGCUCCUGGGAAAGAGUGAGGGCAGCUGGACUCUGGCUCCAGAGCUUCUGCUUGUCCCUGGCCCAGGGCAUAUCCCGCCCCGUGCAGCGUUUCUUCUACAACAUCCUGCACACCAAAUACCGUGCGGCCACUGACGUCUACGCCCUCAUGUUCCUGGCCGACGUGGUCGACUUCAUCAUCAUCAUCUUUGGCUUCUGGGCCUUUGGGAAGCACUCAGCGGCCACAGACAUCACGUCCUCGCUGUCGGACGACCAGGUGCCCGAGGCCUUCCUGGUGAUGCUGCUCGUGCAGUUCGGCACCAUGGUGGUGGACCGGGCCCUCUACCUGCGCAAGACGGUGCUGGGCAAGCUGGCCUUCCAGGUGGUCCUGGUGCUCGCCAUCCACUUCUGGAUGUUCUUCAUCCUGCCCGCCGUCACCGAGAGAAUGUUCAGCCAGAACGCGGUGGCCCAGCUGUGGUACUUCGUCAAGUGCAUCUACUUCGCGCUGUCCGCCUACCAGAUCCGCUGUGGCUACCCCACCCGCAUCCUGGGCAACUUCCUCACCAAGAAGUACAACCACCUCAACCUCUUCCUCUUUCAGGGGUUCCGGCUGGUUCCGUUCCUGGUUGAGCUGCGAGCCGUGAUGGACUGGGUGUGGACGGACACCACGCUGUCCCUGUCCAACUGGAUGUGUGUGGAGGACAUCUACGCCAACAUCUUCAUCAUCAAGUGCAGCCGGGAGACAGAGAAGAAAUACCCCCAGCCCAAGGGGCAGAAGAAGAAGAAGAUCGUCAAGUACGGGAUGGGCGGGCUCAUCCUGCUGCUGCUUGUGGCCGUCAUCUGGUUCCCGCUGCUCUUCAUGUCGCUGGUGCGCUCUGUGGUGGGCGUGGUCAACCAGCCCAUCGACGUCACCGUCACCCUCAAGCUGGGCGGCUACGAGCCCCUGUUCACCAUGAGCGCCCAGCAGCCGUCCAUCGUGCCCUUCACGGCCCAGGCCUACGAGGAGCUGGCCAAGGAGUUCGACCCCCACCCGCUGGCCAUGCAGUUCAUCAGCCAGUACAGCCCUGAGGACAUCGUCACGGCCCAGAUCGAGGGCAGCUCCGGGGUGCUAUGGCGCAUCAGCCCGCCGAGCCGUGCGCAGAUGAAGCGGGAGCUGGCCAACGGCACGGCCGACAUCACGCUGCGCUUCACCUGGAACUUUCAGAGGGACCUGGCCAAGGGCGGCACCAUGGAGUACACCAACGAGAAGCACACCCUGGGCCUGGCCCCUGGCAGCACCACGCGGCGGCAACUGGCCAACCUGCUUGAGGGCACCUCGAACCAGUCGGUGGUCAUCCCCAACCUGUUCCCCAAGUACAUCCGGGCCCCCAACGGGCCGGAAGCCAAUCCCGUGAAGCAGCUGCAGCCCAAUGAGGAGAACGACUACCUGGGCGUGCGCAUCCAGCUGCGGAGGGAGCGCGUGGGCACGGGGGCCGGUGGCUUCCUCGAGUGGUGGGCCAUUGAGCUGGAGAACUGCCAGGCCGACUGCCACCUGCUGCCCAUGGUCGUCUUCAGCGACAAGGUCAGCCCGCCCAGCCUCGGCUUCCUGGCCGGCUACGGGAUCAUGGGCCUCUACGUGUCCAUUGUGCUGGUCAUUGGCAAGUUCGUGCGUGGCUUCUUCAGCGAGAUCUCGCACUCCAUCAUGUUCGAGGAGCUGCCGUGCGUGGACCGCAUCCUCAAGCUCUGUCAGGACAUCUUCCUGGUGCGCGAGACGCGGGAGCUGGAGCUCGAGGAGGAGCUGUACGCCAAGCUCAUCUUCCUCUACCGCUCGCCCGAGACCAUGAUCAAGUGGACACGCGAGAAGGAGUAGGAGCGCGCCACGGCACAGUACACGGCGAAUGAAGGGGCGGCCACGCGGGGCAGGCCGUGGGACAGGACACCAGAGUCCAGGGCGCCAGCCGUGACCCCCGUGCCUGGCCCACCCAAGCCCUGAUGCUGCUGCUGUUGGAGGAGGAAGCGCCCGACGCCCGGGGCCCGCUGGCAGCCCCUCCCACCGUCCUCAUGGGGCUCGGAGCCAGGGCCUCUGGCCAAAGGGGCUGGCCUUCCCCUCCCCACACGUACUGUCGAGGUUUCUAAGUAAAGUCAUUUUUAUUUAUACAAA